AUUGUGAAUUGUGGUGUCAUAUGAUUACGUCUACUGACUCCACUAUAAACUCGACGCCACGCCGUAAUUUGCAGAUUUCACUUGCCACGAGGACUGUUGUGUUUCAUCCCAGAAACCUUCGUAUUCUCUUACUCGAAUAUGUAUCUCAAUACCAUUACGGUGUUGCGGACAUUUUUGGCUUGCUGUAUUACGUUUAAAGACGUAUUUUCAAACAGACUCGCAUCUCCUCAACGGUUGUUUAGCGAAGAACCGGAUAUUUUUGAUGGCAGCUAUUAUUUAUCUCAAAGUGACCAUCGCAGAUUUUCUCGCUCAAUAGAUGAAAGACAAGGAAUGCACGAACGCAUACGAAGAAACACUGAUGGUUCAAGUCGUCCACCUCGUCCAAAAAUCACUGGACCGGCGGCGUUAUGUAGCCAUGAUGAACUUUAUAUAAGAUGGACGGACACGAAUUUGGUCAGUGAAAAGGGAGCGAUCUUUGCUUUGUGUCGGCCAAAUCCGUCAAGGAGCAUUACUUCCGUAAUUUAUGUUUCUUACGAUUAUGGUAUAAGUUGGGUCAAUUUGACACCGAAAUUCAGCAAAAUUUUGAAGAAGGAACCAUCAGUAAACAUGUAUUAUUUCGUUCCAAAUGCACCUAAAUUCAUUGUAUUUGCCGACACGUUGAAUAAACGCAUAUUUUAUACGAAUGAUGAAGGUCGAAAUAUUGACAUAUCACAAUACUCUUCGCCAUUCUCUCCACAAUUUGCACCAGAAAAUGUCUAUAUUAAUCCAGAGAAAUCUUCGAUGGUUCUGGCUUCGGAAAAGGUUACACGCCCCAAAGAAAAGGAUAUAUAUAAGUUGUACAUUUCGAAGAACGGAGCGAGAAGUUUUAAUCAUUUGCAACUUUUUGUGGACGUCAAAGCAUUUUACUGGGGCUCUAAAAAAUAUGGCGACAAAUCAACAGAUCUAUUUUUGGAAGCCAAGACCAACGCACAUGGUCUCCAAGGAUAUCAACUUGACUGCAGCAAUACAAGCGAAACAUCAAACUGUACACUUGUUAAAAUAUUGACAAAUGUGGCUCCAAUAAAUGGAGAGAUUACUGAUUUUCUUGUAAAGGGAGAUUAUAUGUUUGUUACGCAGCAUAACGAGGCAAAGACUGGCUUGUAUUUAUAUGUAAAGUACAAGAGAACAGGAAAAUUCGUUAAGGCCAAUAUUGUAACACCAACUCCAGUAAAGGAGGCGUUCGUUUACGAUGUUUCGGAUGGUCAGGUUAUGUUAGUGUGUAAUCUUCGUAAGAAUGAAACAAAUCUUUAUAUUUCGUAUGAUGCGACUGGGGAAACUACUCGUUGUCUUUACCAAGAGUUUUAUAUCACAAUCCAAAUUCAGAAGUUUCUUCGCAUUGGCUAAGGCGUGCUGUGAGAUAUCGUUUUGUUGAUAUUUUACGCGCGAAAGGUCUCAAAUUUGUGUAUUUCGCCACCCAGUUGACAGCUGGACCAGUUGGAGGUCGAUAUUUGAUCAGCAAAAUGACUUUCGAUAAAGGCGGUGUUU